AAUGUGCGCCUUAUAGCUGGGUCACUGGUGCGGGGGUUCUUAUUUGCCCUGCAAGUUACUAUUCUGCUGUUCCAUCUGCCGUUCUGUGGCACCAAUGAAAUCAACCACUUCUAUUGUGUCUUGUGGCUGGUGUGUGGCAACACGAAGAGCCUUGAAGCCAUCAUUUUUGCUGUGACUAUGAUAACCCUGACAAUCCCCUUCCUUCUGAUUUGCAUCUCUUAUGUCUUUAUUGUGGCUGCCAACCUGUGGAUCCACUCUGCAGACAGCUGGCACCGUGCCUUCUCCAUCUGCUCUUCCCACCUGACAGUUGUCCUUCUGCAAUAUGGCUGCUGCAUCUUCAUUUACUCCUACAAAAGCUCCAGCUACCAGCAAGGCCAGGUGGUGUCUGUGGUCUACACCUUUGUGACCCCUGUACUGAACCCCCUGAUCUACAACAUGAGGAACAAGGAGCUCAAGGAUGCUCUGAGUAGAGUGCUGAGCAGGCAAUUUAAAAUGGCCCUGGGCCCCAGCAGCACAGCGGAGCUGAGCGGCGUCCACCACCUCGCUCCAGUGGCUGCCUGCCCGACCCUGUGGCCCCGGGGUGGGGCUGUGCUUCUGCCCGCUGCCACCGCCCCGAACGCCCCUGCGGCUAAUGGGACGCAGCUGGGGUGGUGCCUGGGGGCAGCAGUGCGUGGAGGCCCCUCGGCUCGCCCUGCCUUGGAGCCCCAGACAACUCAGUGA